CAGGCUGGGUAUCAAAAAGGCUCUGCAGUGUGAGCAGGCCACAGCUCUGCGCCCAGCAGUCCAUCAGACAGCCUUCGCCUGGUCCCUCCAGCCUGCCAACAGCGGGCACCCAGCAACAGUCUGCUUAGAGAAGCCUUGUUCUCCAGCGUGAUUGCGCUGUCACUGCUCUGUGGCUUUCUCUACCUGCCGUGGGUUGUUGCUGCAGUUCCAGAAGGGAGCAGAGGGAUGGCCGGGAGCGGAGUCAGGAACCGGGAGCGUGCCUUCGUCCCAGAGCCUUUCGAUGGAGCCAAUGUGGCCCCACACCUUUGGCUGCAUCGCUUUGAGGUCAUCAACCACCUCAACCACUGGGACCACAUCACCAAGCUGAGGUUCCUGAAAGAGUCCCUCAGGGGAGACGCCCUGGGGGCCUUCAAUGGUCUCAGUCUCGAGGACCAGGGAAACUACGGGGCUGUGAAAGAGACCCUCCUGAAGACCUUCGGGGGGCCCGAGGCUGCCCACAGCCACCUGCCCAAGGAGAUCGUCUUUGCCAACAGCAUGGGUAAGGGCUACUACCUCAAGGGGAAAAUUGGCAAAGUGCCCGUGAGGUUCCUGGUGGACUCUGGGGCCCAGGUCUCCGUGGUCCACCCGAGCUUGUGGGAGGAGGUCACCGAUGGUGACCUGGAUACACUGCGGCCCUUUGAGAAUGUGGUGAAAGUGGCCAACGGGGCCGAAAUGAAGAUCUUGGGCGUCUGGGAUACAGUGGUGUCCCUGGGCAAGCUGAAGCUGAAGGCAGCCUUCCUAGUGGCCAACGCGAGUGCAGAGGAAGCCAUCAUUGGGACCGACGUGCUCCAGGAUCACAACGCCGUCCUGGACUUCGAGCACCGCACUUGCACACUUAAAGGGAGGAAGUUCCGCCUUCUGCCGGUGGGAGGGUCCCUGGAAGAUGAGUUCGACCUGGAGCUCAUAGAGGAGGAGCCCUCCUCAGAGGAGGGGGGGCAGCAACUCUCUUGUUGAGAAGCCCCCUUUGCUUCAUCCCUCAGAUAUUGGCAGGAGGACCCACCGUGGUGGAUGGGACAGGCACGUCUCCUCAGGGGGUCACUGGACUUGGCCAACCCUCUGAAACCAACUCCCCCCCCUCAUGUCCCCCUCCCUUUCCUGCUCCCCUCCCCCCUCCUCCCUCUGCUGCUGCUGCUAAGUUGCUUCAGUCCUGUCCGACUCUGUGCAACCCCAUGGACUGAAGCCUACCAGGCUUCUCCGUUCCUGGGAUUCUCCAGGCAAGAACACUGGAGUGGGUUGCCAUUUCCUUCUCCAACUGCAGGGGCCUUUAUCUGCCCUGGUUAGGGGAAGCUUCCAUUGGAAAAGGAACAGGUGAGGAGAGUAGGUUGGCUGUCUCAGAGGGGAGAGGGUCCUUGUGGUUGUCACACUGCUGUUGGUGGCCAAGACUUGGCAGCUAGAAGGUUCCAAAAAGGCUACAAUGAUGGUCUUUGAGAGAGGACUGGGGGACCCCUUCAGCUCCCUGGAGAUGUGGCUCGAUCACCUGUGGGCCAGGUAGUCUAACUUGACUGAGCUAGGUCCUGGCUGCAGAGUCCUUACAAGUAAGACCCAACCCUCAAGGCCAAGGUCAUGGCUGCUCUGGGAUUCUUCACUGUUGGGUCUUCCCACCUGCAAACUGUGUUUCCUUCUGUCAUUUACUUUGAAACCCACUGCGUCUUGUGCCAAUAAUUCAUGACUUCAAACAGCAAUAAAGGAUGACUCAUGGAAAAACCA